CGCAAAUUACAUUGAAAAAUAAUAAAAGACAUAUAUGGACGUCAAAGUCCUGCAGUCAGAAGAGUUGUGGUGGGAAUAAAGACCAAAACAUUGGUGGGAACGAUAUAUAGUAGUAUAUGUUUUGUUGCAUUGCAUUGAUAUCAUCAUCAUAGCAUUGGUAUUUCUUGGAAUAUCAGACUAUAGUAUAUCAAUGUAAUAUUAUAGUAUAGCAAUGCAAUAUUAUUGGUGAAAGAAAGGACAGAAAAAGACAGAUUUUAGAGAUGAAGGUACCUAGCCCGACGCAGAAGCAAUCUGUUGGGGAUCGUCACAUGAUCUCACCCACUCGCCACAAUAUGUCUCGAUCAUCUAGGAGGAGGAAAAACAGUGGUCAUUGGUGGUUGUCAUCAAUAUCAUGGAUGAAGAAGGAGGUUGACUCAUAUGCCACGACUCAUCAGACUCAGCUCUCUUCCGAUAGUCCUUACUACAAGGGUCUCACCGAUCAAUCUCUUGCUAUUACUCAUGAAGACUAUGAAGAAGAAGACGACGACGACAACAACAACAACAACAACAGCAGCAGCAGCAACAACAACAACAACAACAACAGUAUCUCUUCACCACUAAGACCUAUCCUCCUUUCAUCAUCCCCCCACAGUAGUCCUUACUACAAAGGUCUUACCGAUUAUUCUCUUGUAGUCGAUGCCUCUUGGGCCAGUCAUCAUUCACAUCCUCAUCUCCACCCCCAUCACAACUCACCCCUUUCUUGUUACCACGACUCAAGUCCAUAUUAUAGGGGUCUUAUUGCUCUUCCUGUUCCUACCUCCCCCUCCUCUCUCUUCUCCCUCAACAUCAAUUUCAAAACUGCCACUGACGCCGCCCAACCAUCAACUCAUGAUUUUGUUGUCUUUUUAAGUCCAGAAGAUCAGCCACUGAUGGUAACAGAGCCAGAAACAACUUUAGAUGAUGAGAUGGAGUUGAUCCAUCCUGAUAUCCAAGGGAAGCCUUUGAGGGUAAAAGAUAAGUUGUCAUCACAAGCAACUUUGGAAGAGCUGAUAGAUGAUGUUGAAGAGGGGAAGCCUUUGAGGGUUAAUUAUGAAUCAGAAACAGUUCCAGAGAAAACAAUUUUAGAAGAUGUUGUGUUGUUGGUUGAAGAGCAUAAGAGGAAGUCUUUGAGUGAGAGAGUAGCAUCAGAUUCUGAGACAGUAUUGUUACAACAAAUAAAUGCUGACAAAACAGAUUUGGGUUUGGAGGAGGAGAUGGAAUUGGUGAUUAAACAAGAGAAGCCAUUGAGAGAGAGUUGUGUAUCACAAGAUGGGAAUGAGAACGUACUAAUAAAUAUAGAUUUGAAAGAGGAACUCAAAGGCUUUUGGUUGGGUGGUCAAAAGACUGUUUAUGAACAAACAGUGUCACUGGAAUUACCUUGUGAGCACAAGUUGAUGGACACAACUGUGGAAGGAAAUCUGUAUGAGUAUCUGUGGGCAACCAAAUACCAGCCCAAGACCUUGGCUGAAUUCAUCUGUAACAGAGAUAAAGCACUUCAGCUGAAAGAAUUGGUACAAGGUGGGUGUGGCUGUAAUCAUUUUAUAUUUGAAGGACCUCCAAAUGUAGGAAAAAGAUCCAUGAUACGAGCUAUGCUUCGAGAGGUAUUUGGCGCUGACGGAGUGCAGGUCACAGAAGAAUAUAAAGACUUCAGCUUGAAGGGAGAAAUGGUUGAAAAUCUGCAACUGCGCCUAAAGAAAUCGCUCCAUCAUGUUGAGGUGAAUCUGUCAGAGGCAAAGGGAUAUGAAAAACAUGUGAUUUCUGAGUUAUUCAAGGAAACAUAUGGUAAAGUGAUCAAUAGCAAAUUGCCUUGUAGCCCAGAAAACUGUCAAGCAAUCAUUUUGUACGAUGCGGAGAAGCUAUCAUUAGAAUCGGUGUUGUAUAUAAAGUGGAUGGUGGAAAAGUAUAAAGGGUGUAAUAAACUGUUCUUUUGCUGCUCUGACGAAUCAAGGCUACAACCUAUCCAAUCACAUUGCACCACUGUCCGCCUUUCAUCACCAUCAACACAACAGAUUUUGAAGAUUUUGGAACGGAUUGUAGAAGAAGAAGGAAUAAAAUUAUCACGCGAGUCAAUCAAGAAGAUAAUUUUGAGGUCCAAAAACAAUCUCCGUCAAGCCAUUCGUUCAUUGGAGGCCACUUACCGGCACAAGAAUGCCCUCAACGAGGAUGAGUUCAUUUUAACUGGAUGGGAGGAUGAUAUUUUGAAUAUUGCUAAAAAUAUAAUCAGAGAGCAGAGUCCAAGACAGUUGUAUGCUAUUCGUAGAAAGCUUCAAAGUCUUAUGAUUCAUGACGUUCCUCCUGAGUUUAUCUACAAGUCUUUGGUAGACGACUUAACUAGUCUAGUUGAUCACUCACUAUGCUCAGGGGUUACCAAACUUCACAAGGAGUACACCAAAGGUAGUGAAAUCAAAUUUGAAAGUGUGAAACAUUAUGCUCAAAACAAACAAGGAGGAUCAGAUGAAAGGAGCAACGAACUAACAAAAAAGAAUGCAAUGAACUACUUAAAAGUUGAAGAAUUCAUAGCAAAAUUCAUGAGCUGGUACAAGAAUUCGUGUAAAAGUGAUGAUCAUGUGCAACUUAUUGCUGGGCGAGGAACAUAGAUAAGUGGCUGUUCUUUCUUGAAGCGGAGUUUAAAGACGUUAUCUGAUAGAGACAUGUCUCAAAUAUCAAACCACUUUGUAAAUAUAUAAAACCAAUAGACAUUUUGUGUUUCGGAUGGAAACAACGGUCAAAUAAGAUGAUUGUAUGGGCAUAUAUUGCUGCCACCCAUAUUCUGAAUUUAUGUGUUUGGAUUGCCAUAACUCUAUAUGUGAGAAUAAUUUCUAUAUUCAUACAUAUUGCCUUAGACUACAAAUAAGUAUAUGUCUU